AUGAUGAGACCUGUGUUCGCACAAGUCGACCAGACGGUCACCGUUGUCCGAUGUGCUCUCCGCUGGAUAAUACCAUUUUCCCAGCACAUCGGAUUGCUGUGCGAGACCCAUCUUCGCAUAUGCGUCGAUUCCGACAAUGACCACCUGCAGGCUUGCUGGUCCUGGAACCUGGGAAGUGAACGACAAUGGGAAUGUACACUGCGUGGAGGAGCAGUACUGUCGAUACGACGAGAAGGCAAGAGAGGGGUGUGGUGGUGCCCCUAUGCGUUCGCCUGCACUUGUUCUAUAGAUGGGAAAAGUUGGAUUAAGUGUGUGCAUGUCCAUGUAGCUCUGUUGUAUGCAGCAGCGGGACGCCACUCGCAGCAAGAUGCAUUGUCUUCAGUAGUAAGUAGAGAGACUGAAAGUGUCCGAGAUGGACCGUAUAGCAGCGAUGGAGAUGAAGAGGUGAUGGAGAUGGUAGUGGAAGACGAUGUAGAGAACGAGGAGGAGGUUGAAGAAGCUCGACAGAUAUAG